CAACAAAACUUUUUUCUCGAAUGUUUUGAUUUUUUAUUGUUCAAUUUGCGAAACAUUUUCUGUGCGCGGUUACUGUAAACAUUUUUCGAUAGAAAUGACUUCAAAGGUUUUAUUGAAUCAAAUUUCAUCAUUCUCCGCCCGGCACGUUUAUGUAGUAAACUUCGUGCCGUCGUUAUCGUUCUCAACGAAGUCUCCAACCGACAAACCGGUCAGCCCACGGAUGGAAGAAUUCCAAAAGAAGUUACGCGAAAAGACCCCGAUCGGAAAGCUAGAUGAAAUUGUCGGAAAGCAUCCGUAUCAGGAAAAGGAACCGUUAAAGGCGUGGCCGAACAAUACCAAUCCCAACACCGGAGAGAUCGGUGGCCCACGGGGACCGGAACCCACGCGCUAUGGCGACUGGGAACGCAAAGGACGGGUAACGGAUUUUUAGUGUGGGAAAAACCCCUUAUUGUAGUAUAUUACAUUAGAUUUUAAAUUAUUCUAGCUUUAGCAAAGAUCAGAGUUUAAUUAUAUUGUAAGGAAGGUCUGCUUAACUGACAAUUCCAAACUCAAACCAAUGAUCAGAUAAAAUGGUUUUAACCAAUAAAAUUCACUUUAUGGUGUA